UCCAAGUUAAGGCAUCAUUAUGCAAAUAUGAGAAAAUUUCAAUAGUGACUUUAUGUCUGUUCUCUUUUCUUUAAUUCAUAAAGGGUAUCUUAUUUUUUAUGAUGGGCAUGCCGGAAUCCGGCGAACCACCACCCAAUGACCCCCCAUUUCCCCUUCCUUCUCCCUUUCCAUUUCCGGCCAGCAACCAUGGCCACCAAACACCCAUUUUACUUUCUUUCUCCAAUAAAUAACCAGCGUCCACCCCUGUUCUUCUUGUCUUCUCCGACCAGCUCAAAGCCGGAGCAACCAACCUUCGUUGCCAGCCAACACUAUUCUUUUUUCCGACCAACAACAUGUAAAAAAACCCAAGAAAGAAAACCUUCCUCCUUCCUCUCCAGCGAGUAAUCACAGCCAAACCACUACCCAAAACCACCGCAGCUACAACUACGCCAGGCCCCUGUCUUUUUCCCUUUCACAUUUUCUUUACUAUUUUUUACAGGUAUUCGCAAGCUUUCAGAUCCGAGCUUUGGUGAAUGACACCCAGAACAACACUGUAAAAAAAAACCUUCGUUUUUUCCAUUUUCCGGCGAACAACUCCAAUCUCCAGCGAACAAAGCUGAUGGAACCAAACAUCAUUGUUACCAUCUCUUUUUCCAAGCUUCAAUACACCUCCAACAAACACAGGUACUGGUGCAUCUGGACGUUAGAGCCUACGAGUCGAUGCAGAAGUUACCCGAACGCGAAGCUUUCAUCCGGAUUUGAAAAUGAACACAAGAAGGAAUGUUGGUCGAAGACAGGAGAAAAAGUUGCUGGGGGCAACCAAGUUCCACACCAAGCUCCAGCUAUAGGAGUGGCCAUGCCAGUUAACCCAGUUGGGUGGACUGAUGUAGAGGUGUGGAUCGCUUUGGCACCAGAUGGCUCAAGCCAUCACUGUGUAGGCCCAGGCUAUGACGGCCCAUGCCAACGGGCAGGAGGUUCAACAGGAGAACCCACCAGCACGUAGCAUGACAGACUGACUACAAGACUUCACGAGGAUGAAUCCUCAAAUUUUCACAGGGUCCAAUACUUUAUAGGAUCUAGAGGAGUUUAUUGAUGAGGUGCAGAAGAUUUUGGUGACCAUGGGGGCCACAGAUGCUGAGAAGACUGAGCUGGCUUCCUACCAACUCAAGGAUGUUGCAUAGUCCUGGUGCAAGAUGUGGCAGGAUAGUCGAACUUUGGGCGAAGGUCUGGUCAUAUGGGAGUUGUUUAAGACAAUUUCUUGGAGAGAUUCUUCCCAGGGAGAUGAAAGAGGCUAAGGUUGAGGAGUUCAUCAACCGUAAGCAGGGAUCCAUGACUGUUAGGGGUAUUCCCUGAAAUUUGUGAAGUUGUCCAGGUAUGCCCCUUCCCUUGUGUUGAACAGCAGGGACGAGAUGAGCAGGUUCCUUACAGGGAUCUCAGAGGAUUUGGAGGAGGAGUGUAGGGCAGCUAUGCUUCAUGACAACAUGGACCUUUCCAGACUUAUGGUCCAUGUCCAGCAAGUGGAGGAAAGUAGGAAGAGAAAGCACAAUAGGGCAGGGAACAUGUUAAGGCAAGUUGAGGAGAAUUUUUCAAGGAAGAGUAGUACUGAAUUUAGGGAUAAGCCCAGGUUUAAAAAGGGACUCUCACACCAAGGGGAGUCAAGUUCAUCCAAGGGUCGCUAUGAUAGAGAUUCUGAGCCCAUAGUUAAGAGAAACAAUGAAGUAACCCGUGACGGGCCGUCGAUGUAUCCGUCGGUGAC